CGGCAGCCAGAUUCGGAGCCCCAGCCGCGCUGCCCAGACAACAUAUUUGAUUCCUUGACAAGACCACAAUCUGAUCCCAAAGAUGUGCUCCACAAACCCAGGCAACUGGGUCACCUUUGAUGAUGAUCCUGCUUUCCAGUCUUCUCAAAAGUCAAAGAAUUUGCCUCUGGACAAUCAAGGUGUCUGUAGACCAAAUGGACUUAAGCUGAACCUUUCUGGCCUCAAGGAAUUGCCCAGUGGAUCUUCAUCUACCAGCAGCACCCCUCUCUCCUCUCCCAUUGUAGAUUUUUACUUCAGUCCAGGACCUCCAAGUAACUCUCCUCUUUCUACACCUACCAAAGACUUCCCAGGUAUUCCUGGCAUCCCCAAAGCAGGGACUCAUGUGCUUUAUCCUAUUCCAGAAUUAUCUUCAAACAGCCCACUCACAACACCAGGAGUAGGUUCCUCCUUACCACCUACUAAACCUACCUGCUUAUCCCAUGCUUUCUUACCCAAUGACCAGUCAUGUACUAGUCAUUCAAAUGAAAUCAGCCCUCACCAGGCUGAAAGCCGAGGCUUCCAAAGUGAUGAUGCUCCCCAGUUUCAGUAUUUUCGGGAAGACUGGGCUUUUUCAAGUCCAUUUUGGAAAGAUGAAAGCAGUGCUUCCCAGUUCACCUUUGACCCCCCAGGAAGCAGAAAGAUAUUCUCAUCAAGAGACAAGGAGAUACCAAUUGAUCAAAAAAGUCUAAAUAAAUGUUCACUCAACUAUAUCUGUGAGAAGCUUGAACAUCUACAGUCAGCUGAGAACCAAGACCCACUUGGAAACCUGUCUACGCAAUGUCUGUGUGCUGAAGACACUGUCUCUUCCUUUGUCCCCCAUGCACUCUUUAGGAGUCAGCCAAAAGCUGGAUGGUCUUUCAUGCUGAGAAUUCCAGAGAAGAAGAACAUGAUGUCUUCCCGGCAAUGGGGACCAAUUUUUCUGAAAGUUUUACCUGGAGGAAUUUUGCAAAUGUAUUAUGAGCAGGGAUUAGAGAAACCAUUUAAAGAGUUACAGCUUGAUCCACAUUGCAGGCUUUCUGAACCCAAAGUUGAGAACUUUAGUGUGGCAGGAAAAAUCCAUACUGUGAAGAUUGAACAUGUGUCUUACACAGAAAAAAGGAAAUACCAUUCUAAGACAGAAGUAGUUCGUGAGCCAGACAUAGAACAGAUGCUGAAGUUAGGGUCCACGGAGUACCACGACUUCCUCGACUUUCUGACUACUGUGGAGGAGGAGCUGGUGAAGCUGCCAGCUGUUUCAAAACCAAAAAAGAACUACGAGGAGCAAGAAAUUUCCUUGGAAAUUGUGGACAACUUUUGGGGUAAAGUCACAAAAGAAGAAGGAAAAUUGGUUGAAAGUGCUGUGAUGACUCAAAUCUGUUGCCUCUGCUUCGUGAAUGGGAACAUGGAAUGUUUUUUAACCUUGAAUGACCUUGAGCUGCAGAAGCGAGAUGCAUGCUAUUUUGAAAAAGACCCAGAAAAGAAGGGGAUCGAUAUUCUCGACUACCAUUUUCACAAGUGUGUGAAAGUACAAGAAUUUGAACAAUCAAGGAUCAUCAAGUUUGUACCCCUGGAUGCCUGCCGGUUUGAGCUGAUGCGUUUUAAGACUUUGUAUCAUGGGGAUGACCUUCCAUUUUCUGUGAAGUCUGUAGUGGUUGUCCAGGGGGCAUAUGUGGAACUUCAGGCCUUCGUCAACAUGGCCCCGUUGGCUCAGAGGCCAUCCCACACUGGUUCCUUGAGGUCCUGUGAGAAUGUAAUGAUAUGCUUUCCUGUCCCAUCACAAUGGAUCAAGGCCCUCUGGACCAUGAACCUCCAGAGGCAGAAGUCCCUGAAAGCCAAAAUGAACCGCCGGGCAUGUCUGGGCAGUUUCCAUGAGCCUGAAUCUGAACCUGUCAUUCAGGUCACUGUGGGGUCAGCAAAAUAUGAGAGUGCCUACCGGGCGGUGGUAUGGAAGAUAGACCGGCUUCCAGACAAAAAUUCAAGUCCUGAUCAUCCCCAUUGUCUGUCAUACAAACUAGAACUUGGAUCAGACCAAGAAAUUCCCUCUGAUUGGUAUCCGUUUGCUACUGUUCAGUUUUCAAUGCUUGACACCUGUGCCUCAAGGACCGAGGUCAGGUCUCUGGGGGUGGAGAGUGACAUCCAGCCACAGAAACAUGUUCAGCAGCGAGCUUGCUACAACAUCCAGGUCGAAAUAGAAAAGAAGUGGAUUACCAUCGAUGGAGAAGACCCAGAUAAAGUUGGCGACUGUGUAACUCAGUAGGAGUAGCAAGAGUAAAUGAUGACCUCCCCCUUGUCAAAUAUGUAAUUCACAAAACCACACCAAGGUCUGCUACUGUAUAGCGGAAAUGACAUCUGAAUAAUGGGCUUAGGACAGGUCCGCUGACCGUGUUUAGAGAAGUUUAGACCUAAACCCAAACAAUUUGUAUUUUAUGCUUUUGAUACGUUUUUGCCCUAGGAUUUUGAUCUAAAAUGUGUCUAUAAUUUGUGUGAAGUUUUGCUUUCUAUUGAAACUCAAACUCAAAGGCACUGUUACUUGUUGUAUGACCUGGCAGCCCUUUUUGGCUAAAGGGCUUUCAAUUUUUGAUUACUCAGUGGGUAGAUUCUUUCGCACCCUGGAUUACCUAGGUGCCAUGUUUAUUGUUCCGAUCUCUUCUUGCUGUGUUAGCACCUGUAGCAGAGGGUAAGGCAAUCAAAGGACACAUUAACCAAAAUACUUCAUUUUCCCUCUUGCUCACUUCUGAAAUGUGGCUACCUGUAGAAUGAUGUUGAAACCACAAGCUAAAAUGGAGG